CUGAAGCACCGGCCCCCCAACCCAACCUUCACUGUAAACAACUGCCCCAAUUCCCCGUCUAUUAUUUUGUGUAUGUGCGUGUAAACAGGGCGCAUGCUGCUGAGGUGAGCUAUUUAAUGGCUGAUAUUUUGGGAGGGAGGGAAGAGCAAGGCAAUCUAUCGCUGCCGGAGCGCACGGCGAGCUUCCAUUUUUACGCACCGAGGCAUCCAGAGCCCCGCCGAAGCCGCGACCGACGACGUAUCGCUGUACAGGCAUUCCUCUAUCGGCGAGGCUGUAGCGAUUUGAAGAGGCACGACGCAAGCUGCUCUUUCAUCUCGUCAGCUUUGAGGAGGAGGCGGCGAGGGACCAGGGGUGUCCCCCCCGUUUGCGUGUAACUCCGUGCGUGUGCUUGCGUGUGUUUGUGUGCGUUCGGAUCAAGAGAGAGGAGAGAGAGAGAGAGAUACGAGGGUAAAACAGAUCGGACGCGCGGCAUAGGAGACAGCUGCUUUUGGACACGUUUUGGACACAGAAGCUGAUCGACCGCAAAGGCUGCACACGGAAAAAUAAUAGAAACAAAACUUACUCUGCGUCACUUCUCCCGUCCAUUAUUAUUUUGGGUUAUUUUUUUGAUUUUUUUUUAAACCCGUAUUAUAAGUAUUAAUUCGGGGAGGUUUUUUUUUAGCAUCUCCCAGUCUGCUGGAGUUUUGCCGCCGAAGGACGCACCUCGGGACUUAGACGCAGACGUCUCCCUCACUUCUUUCUGCGGGACAUGGGCGCAUCUGACGCCAAACAGCGGUAGACGGAAGGCUCGGAGCUGGUGUCUUCGUUUCCUUCUAUCGCUUUCAGAGUGGACCGACUUUUGAAAGAGCGUGUUUUUUUCUCUAUCUGGGCCUAAAGCCGACGUGUUUAAAGGUCCUUUUUUGCUUCCGGCAACAGCGAAGAGACCAAGUCUUCCUCCCUCAUCUCUCACUCCCUCUCUCACUUUUUUGGAAGCUGAACUUUUAAAGGAAAAUGGGGCAUUGAGAGGGUUGGCAGAUCUCCCCACGCUAUAAUGGCUACUGACACCUACCUGGUGAACGACGAUCCCACUAGAGGCCCAGGGAUGCCUGAAUGUUUCCUCGUGUCUGAUACAUAUAGGGAUGAAUUCCACCCCUUCAUCGAGGCCCUUCUGCCCCAUGUCCGCGCCUUCGCCUACACCUGGUUCAACCUGCAGGCCCGCAAGCGUAAAUACUUCAAAAAGCACGAGAAGCGCAUGUCCAAGGAGGAAGAGCGUGCAGUGAAGGAUGAACUGCUGGGAGAGAAGCCAGAGAUCAAGCAGAAGUGGGCUUCACGCCUGUUGGCCAAGCUCCGCAAGGACAUCCGGCCUGAGUUCCGUGAGGACUUUGUGCUCACCAUCACGGGCAAAAAGCCCCCCUGCUGCGUGCUGUCCAACCCCGACCAGAAGGGCAAAAUACGUCGCAUCGACUGCCUGCGCCAGGCUGACAAGGUGUGGCGGCUGGACCUGGUGAUGGUCAUCCUGUUUAAGGGCAGCCCCUUGGAGAGCACGGACGGAGAACGACUGGUCAAGUCACCGCAGUGCACCAACCCUGGCCUGUGCGUCCAGCCACACCACAUCGGAGUGUCCGUCAAGGAGCUGGACCUCUACCUGGCCUACUUCGUCCACACGCCAGGAGACUCGGAGAGAGAGUGAGGGAGAGAGAGCACGUUGGGAAGCAGAAGAGGCUACAAUAGUGAUUGUUCUGUUUGGCAGCACCCGGGCCCCGUUGGUGUGGGAAGAAGAGAAAGACGUCUUGUGUUUUGUUUAUGACAGAGUGGCAAAAGCUGCCACGGGGAAUCUCUGGGCUUGCCGUCAGGCUUUCUCAGACUGUUCUGCAGCCAGCCAGCCUUUGAGAUCCUCUCUGUUACAGAGCAUAACACACCGCAGCCGUAACAGAACAAACCACGAUGCCACAAUACAAAACCUUCUCCGCCUGUUUUCAGGCACCUCAGAUAAAGAGUAAAAAAAAAAAGCAGACAGAGCAACAUGUCUUUGAAACUGAAUGACUUUGUAACUGAAAUGCUGGCAGAGAAAUAGAUGAGAGGGAAAGAGGGGCUGUGGUGCAGUACAGUGAGUAGUGUAUUUUUAGUGUUUAUUAAGAGUGAGUGACUGGUAUAUUAUAAUGGAGAUAGUGAUCUCUUGGCCCGGAAGUGCCAAGGGUCUGCCAGAGCACCGAACACUGCCAGUGUCCAGUUGAUAACCCAUGAAUGGAGCGCUUUGGAUAGGCUUACACGUACUUCACCGUACUAGCCUGGAUGUAGUUCUCACUUCUGUUACUCUGACUACUGCAUAGGUGGCUGCAGCUGUACACCAUCUGAGGAGAAGUUAUUGCUCCUCCUCACAGUAUUCAGUGGACUAUUUGAUUUAUAAUCUUUGGGCUGUUUUAGAUUAAACUCAGCACAUUUCUGAUUUAUUCGAGGUUGGAAAAAUAGAAGAUUAAAAAAAACAUUUGUCAGGUCCAAAGUUAGCUCUAUGCACUUAGUCAUAGCUUGGAAAGCAUUCUUCCAGCGUUUUAUUUUUUUUCCCCCUUUUUCUUUUGUACGCCGUAAGUGUGAUCAUGAAAAGAUGUUUCAAAUGUGUUUCCAAUCAAAAGUGCAGUACAGGAAAUUUGCAGUCACUCUGAGGGAGGUGUGAAAUGUGCUCGCCGUGCCAUUUCUGCCAUGACCGCUCCACACUCCACGCUCUGUAGUGCCAGAUCCCGCCUCUCUCUCACUAUAGCAGUAGUCAUGCCUUGGACAUUGCUGUGAGAAAGCCCAGAGAAGCCUUAGUGUUGUGGCCAGCCCCCCCGCCAAUUCGCUGACCACAGCUAGGAUUCACAAAUAAAACCCUACUUGCGUUCAUCACUACGCAAAACUCUAGAGUUUAUGGGGAUGAAAAAGGUAAUUAAAUGUGUGAGGAAAAAAGGUGAAAAAAUGUAGUAACAGGAAAGGGAGAGAAAAAGAGAAAGGAAUCCUGACACUCAGGAAUCACGUGAAUUGUUUGUGACAUCUUAAAAGUUAAAGGAAUGCUCUGAUGGAUUCCACAGGUCUUCUUUUCCCCAUAGCUCGUUGUUUUUUCCCUGUGAAAAUAAUCUGUUGUUAAUUACUUCCUGGAUCUCCUCUCAGACUCCCAUGACAUCACAAGGUUUGAGUGGACUAUCCUUGUGUGCAAGCACAGCUUAGGAUGGCCGUCAGCAGUGAAGUUUUGAUUAAAUGAAAUCUUGACACUCGGGAGGGGGGGUCGGUUAGGUCUGAGGCUUUUCUGUUGUGUGUGUGGUGGGAACAGGGCCCACGUCGGCUAAGAAAAGCUCUCCACAUGCAGAGCAGCUUUGGCAUCAGCAAAUGUUUACUGAUGACUCUCGUUUAGUCGGGUCUUUUGCACAUCUCUGCCUUUCUGUCUGGCCUCAGGGACGCGUUGAGGUGGCUAUGUAUCAAAUCUAAAGGGUUAAGACGCAGGGAGAGCCCCGUCACAUUAGAGAGGCCGAGUGAGAGGGAGUCUUCUCACACUAUUCUUGGCUUCAGAAAAAAGUCUGUGUAUUUGGAUAGCUAUUGCUAUCCGUCUAGCCAAAGCCCUGUUGUGUACUCAUUCGUUCCAAAACACGCGCACACAUACACAGACGCGAGGCUAACAUUGGGGUGUCACAGACGCACAUAGAUUGAUCCAAAACCGCAGGGUCUGCAUUUAUCUCAUGAGACCAUGAUGACACAAGCUGACUCGAGGGAAAAUUAGAAAAACAAAAAAACACGAGAAAGGCGAGUCAAAGACAAUGUUGUUGUGUUUGGUGUCCCAUUAAAUUGACCAGUGACAACUGGCAUGCUCCUUGAUACGGUGCCUUUUGUCCUAGAAAAGCUCUCCGCUUUUUUUGGUUUUACAUAACGAUCAUAAGCCUCCAUUUCUUUGGCUGUGCCUGACUCGGGAGAGAGUAAAACCCAUGAACAAUUCUGGUCUACCCGCAUCUGUUUCCUUUUGUGUGAAGAGUUUCAGUGUCGGAGAUAUGCGGUAAAUAGAUUAUUCCAGUGAAAUUGGGAGGCCAUCACUAUGGUGGAGGAGACAAAUAAGACAGUUUGUGCUAUUUGGCUCUUUUACUGGUUUUUCUCAGAUGCCCUGUGUCUUUUUGAAUGAACCCAGCUGUCAGACUUUUUUUCUGCUCCCCAUGAGAAGAAGCACUGCAGCGUAAACGCAAAGCAGGUAGAGCAGCAGAAAAGCAAAAGGAAAUUUUCAGCAUUUCAGCGUUCUGUGGUUUUCAUGAUUAGGGGAAAAAACGUCUCAAAUUAAACAAUUUACAUUUCUUUGGAUACUAAUUGUGCAUAUCUUUUUUUCCUUAUAGUAUUUUAAUUUAUUGCAGUGCUCAAUUUAUAUUUACAACUACACAAUUUUAGAUUUCCACAAAUUAAAUUAACCUUUAAUUUAAAUUUUGGCCCAGUGGUGAUGUGUUCAAAAUAAUAUCUUGAAAUACAUUAUGCAAAUUAAAGUAAAUGUAUCUUUAUUAUUUUCACUAAUUUAAUAAUGUAACACAUUGUUGCUAUUUUUCCGCCUAAAUUACUCUUCAGACUGGCAUGUAAUACAUGCUUAGCAGUUUUUUGUUUAUUUGAAAGAAAAGACGAGUGUUUUCACACGCUGCCGAGCCUAGUCUAAUACCUACUGUUGAGAUUUAAUUGCACAUUAAAACACAGUAACGUUUGUUAAAUAAAAAUGGGUGUAGGCUAAGCCACGCCAUGCAGUGAUAAAAACUGCAUUCUUUACUUGAGCUGAGUGGGCUUUUUAACAUUUUUUAUUAGGAGAAAAACUAAAGUGUAAAAAAAGAAGGGGGGGGGGCAAGAAAAAGAGAUGAAAAGAAAGAGGUUAUUGAGAAAAAAGAGAGUCAGAAGCAGCGAGGGGGAGGUAUUGUCUGUAUUAAUACUGUGUCUUCCCAGUGCCGGGUCUCUUUUCAGGCUUUUGUAGCGGCGCCAACCAUGAAAUGUGUCUGUCCCCAAAAACCAUAUACCCACUCAGGAGGGUUUCCCGACCUCAGAGAGACAGAGAGGAGGAGGAAGAGGAGGAGAAGGAGCAGGAGAAAGAGCGCUAUGGCCAAUGCUCAAUCUCAGACAGGCCAGCCAGAAAGGAGGGAGAGCCAGGGAACACGGCUUAUUCACCGGGCUGCACUCACAGCGAGGCCCUGGCAAAGGCUGCUGAGUCUGGCUAAUGGCAGUAUUCAGUGCCACACAGCAAUAGGCGUGCUAUAAUAAGUACCUCAGUACUGUAUUUUAAAUCCAAGGCACUAUUACUUAUGUUUCUGUUGUUUUUAUUAAAUUUUUCCCCGCAUAGUUAUUUUUCUUAAGAGAAGCGGUUUUGCUGAGUUUGUUUUGUUGAAUUAAAAGUUGGGUCAGUACCGAUUUAGAAAAAAGAAAUAAAAAUAUCAUCUAUUUCAUUUUAUUUUGCACAUGUGGGUUGAAGAAUAAUGAAAUUAUUAUGUGGGCGAAUUUAACACGGCAAAGGAGUCUAAUGUUGAAAGUGAGAGGAGUUGUGUCGGCGGUCGCUUUUGGCACGAUGCUAUCUCCCUGCAUGGAAGACGCCAAAUUUUCAUGAUAUUCCCUGCCAACCUCCUCCCUCUGAUCCUCUCUUUCUUCUCUUUUCUUUCCUUCGCUUGUUCCGCUUUUCUUUUAUUCCUCUUUAAGGUUCAAAUGAAUGCCCUCCCUUAGCCUCAUUAACACCCUGGACUUCUAUUUGCAGCUACAAAAAAAUGUAAAAUAACUUGUAAGCACAAACAUUUUAGCACUCAAUAGGACCAUUUUUCUCAGUUUUAAUGAAAGCAGGCCAUCACACAUGUGGAGGCUUUGAACCUUGAUUUUUUUUUUUUAGUGGCCAAAGAUGUUUUGUCACCAGUCAUUUUUUUAUAUUUCAAAUUACAGAAAAACCUUCAACACUCUUUAUGGUUAGUAUGUAAUGCCUUAGUUUAUUUUUACAUUUGUUUAUUUGUCAGUCAAAGUAUUUUUGUGUAUGCAGUCAGGCUGGAUUGCAGUUUAGUUUCCCUUCUGGAUAAAUGUAGUCCUUUCACUUUAUGAUAUUUGCUUAACUCAUUAUUUAAUUUGGUUGCUUAUUAUUUUCUGGUUAAAACAUCAUCACACUGAGAUGGUCCGUCUUUCCGAAAAAGCCACUCUUAGAUGUUUGGAGGAAAAAACACUUCAUGAAGGCUUCAUUUGAUGUUUGUUACACCGUGAGAAGGAGAGCAGUUUAGAGAAGACAGAAAGUGGGGUGGAGGGGGGUGGGGGUGAAUAAGUGAGCUAGCCGAGAAGCACAGCAAAAUGCAGAGAAUCAAAUUUGGCAUGCGUCUGUGUAAGCGAGUAAGCUUCAAAUCAGUUUGGACACAGAUCUAGGACACUAGACAUAGAGAAGAAAGCGGGAUGAAACGGGAUAGGGAACAACAUGGAAUUGGGAGCAGGCAUAGUGUGUAUAUUUUGUAUUUAUGUUGAGCAUAUAGGGGGUGUAGUUAAGGGGAGGAUGAGAUGGAGGGGGCUGGUGGAUGAGGAUGCGGUUUGUUGGGGAAAGGCGGUUGACGCGGGGGGUGUUUUGGUAGAGUGUCCCUCAAUGACGACUUGAAAAACAGGCCGGUAAAUAAAUGGAGUGGCGGUAAACAAGGCUCGGCGCUUCAUCAAAAGACCCCAUUCAUCUGUGAACAGGAGAGUCUCUCUUUUCUCUGAGGAGACAGAGAAAGGAACCCACUGACGCUGACGAGAGGACGGCGCUUGUUUAGAUAACAGGAUGAGUUUGGAGUGAAAUGGCAUUAGUGUGUGUGUGUGUCUAUGUGUGCGUGUUCACGUUUGAGUUUGAGCGAGCUUGGAGGGGUGUGCAGAGCAGGUGGAAAGUGGACAGAGUCUCAGCGAGUGGAGUAAGAUGGGGGCAGAGAUAGUGUUUUGUUUUUUGUAUGUGUGUUUGUUCUUUAUCACUACCAUGGAUUCAGGAAAGGAUGGUGUUUUCAGGGGUUAGAAUUAAGGACUAAAGACGGUGUGUGUUUGUGUGUCUAGUACAAAGCAGUGUAGUGGGUGGUGGUGGGGGGUUCUUUUGGCAACGUUUAUGUGUGUAAGCACAGGCGUGCAUAUGUGUGAGAGUGCAUAUGUGCAUAUGUCUGCUCAUUAUACAUGGUUAUUUUUUCCAGACCAAGCACUAUGCUCUACUUUGCAUGAUUUACAGUACUAUGAGCCAAGCAGGCGUCUUUUUUUAGAUUCAGAGUUUGGAAGGAGAAGAGUUUUGGGGUCUCAGGGACACCAUGGUGAACUGGCCACAGCAAGGUAUUAUGCUUCGCUCUCUGUUUCAGCUGUUUAUAAUUCAGCUCGUCGGCCCGUCGGCCAAGGGAGCCAGGUGUAAACUAACUGCUAAAAAGUCCUAUGGCGCAUUUCUGUUGUGAAAACUUUCUCAUUAAGAGGAGAUGAAUUUAUGAACACGAAGAUCAGGGUUAAGUCACCUCCAACCACUUAGUGAAUUGUAAUUGAAAGAGCGGAGCGGGAAGCCAAGUGAGGGGCGUCUUUUAAAAGCUUUUAUUUGGUUUAUGUUUAAUUGUGUUACACUUGAGUGUGACUGUUAACAACUCCGACUCUUUUAAACUUGCCUGUAAUUGUUAAGAGCACGUCUUGUUUAUAGUCGCGGCCUUGUGCAGUAAGACGCGAGAAGUGCAUCUGUCACUUUGCAACUUGAGUGAUCUGACAGCUGAGCUUUAUACUUUUCAUUUACAACCUCGGAGCAGUGGAAGACAUGCAGUACUUUCAUCUUGUCAUUGACAAUGUUAAGAGACUCUUAAAAACCCUUUGUGUAGGUGGCAGCAGCAUCCACCACACACAGUACCGCAGUUUCUCUGUUGCCGUCUGUCUUAUUUUUAGGGGAUGAAUGUUUUAAUUUUAAUGUCCUUCCAUUAAUAUGUUUUUCUACACUGACUGGUAUGGUUUUUUUUCGUUUGUUUUUUUAGUCAGAAAUCCCCCCUUCUCUCUGUCCCCUUUCUUGCCACCCCAAAGUCCCCCUCCCCAGUCCACCGCCUGCUCCCCUCACGUUUAUUGGACCCAAAUUCGGCUGCCACCAUGGCAACCCGGGCUCCCAGGGAACCUUGCCUGGGUGCAAUCCAAGGUGCCUUCAGGGUGGCACUGGCUGGCGUUGUCUGCGUCAGUGGGCUGUCACCACGGCAGGUUGCUGCGACAAGGCCAGCCCGGUUGUGGCCUGCCUCAGUGGGAGUGCUAGCUCGCUAACCUCCUUUAACUAACUACUAGCUAACAUGACCUGCCAUAUCCGGUGACAGUAGCUGCCGCUUCAACUGCUGCAGGCCUCGGCAACUGCAACGUGGGGGAAGCAGGGGAAGCGUUUCACCAGUACGCAUAUUGAUGUGGCAUGGCUGGGUGCCCAUUGCUGCCUCCCACAUGAAAGAAAACAGGGAGAGAGACGAGAGAGUGAGAGGGAGAAAGAUGGUAUAGAGAUGCGUUUUCAGUGUGUAAUAUAUGAGUAUAUACAUUUAUUUAAACAAUGCUCUUCUCUUGGGGUGUGUAAACAUUCAGCUGCACAUAUUUGGCUCCGCAUGUGUUGCCAAAGCACGUGUAUGAUCUAUAAAUGCAUGAUUAUGAUCUGUGUACAUCAUCAUGCAUCUGUUGAGGCAAUAUGGUUUUAUGACUGAUGCCGACAACCAUCAGUGGCCCAACAAUUCGAACGACAAAUGAAAUUAAAACAUGAUGGUAUAUUGUUUAGUUCUUGUUUUUCUUUUCAGAUUGCAAUUUUUUUCUCCUCCACAAAGUGUGUGACUGUAUGCUUCUGUGUAAGUGCAUGGCUUUGUCUGUACAGUCAUCUGUUUUAUCCUGUUUAAUUGCAAACAAAACAAAUAGGUGACACACAGACUGUUCGUACUUAAUGGGAUGAUAAUGUUAGUGCGAUCCAGAUUGUAUGCUAAAUAGAAAAGGACACUUGUGAAUGGUUGUAUUUAUUUGUGCUUUUUCCAGACAGUGGAAAUCCUGCAACACUUUGGGCACAUUUUCUCUUUGCAUGGAUUGGCACCUGGUGCAUCCACCCACCUUUUUUCCUUCAAACACACACAUACACACAGGCCAAGCGCAAACUGCUGAAACCUAGUCAGUGGGUAGUCUGGUACAGUAGGGAUUCGUGCGGUGCUUAUUCUUACCUCAGCUUUAUCCAGCGAGGCAUUCCUGCUGUGGCACUGUAAACAAUGCAAGGCCUGCUGACUUAGAGCAUCGUAAGUGGUAACACUUUUCAGGACUAUAUGAAGCCCUGUAUAGUUUCUAUAUAUAACCACUUCAGAGUAACUGUGAUGCUCUUUUUUUUGUGGUGCACCUAUAGAGUUUGGACUACAGUUAAAGCACAUUUCAGAGGUUCACCCAAUUAAAGCUACAUCCAGAACAUGUUCAGAAGCUAAAAGUAGCUGCGGAAAAGUGACUAAUCGCUUAAAAUUAUGACUAGAAAAAGCAGUUUAGGCAGCACUCCAUUUGGAGACUUUGUAGCCACUCUGAGUGCUCUCCAUGCACUACAUUCCAGCUCUAAACUGCACAGAGUAGUUAAGGGUAGGGCAACACAUUGGCUCUGCAGGGAAGGAAUGGAUAUCUCAUCACCCUGCUUUCCUAAACUGUGAGUCAGUAUCCCUAAGUUGCCUUGGGCCAAUCACUGUUAACAGUUGGGCUCCACUUGAUGAAAAUACCAGUUUACAAUUUACCUGGUCCGGGGUUCAGAAGUACUUUACUAGAGGGACUUCUGGGCAGUUUGGGUACAGCUUGGUAUUAAAUCUCUUUGACUGGGUCUUUUAUAUUUUACACCACUCUUUUAUCUCGAUUUUCCUCUCUCUUUGAGAACAAAGUCAGCGUUUCUUCCUUACUCCUAAGUGAGUUCAGACGGGCCAGAGAGACGGUGCAUUCGUCACGCGAGGUGUGUAAGGAGAUAUGAUGUGUGAUGCAUGACGGUGCAGCAUGCGCGCUCAGAGCUGCCAGCUGGUGUAAAGGGGCCAGAGGUAGAAAGUUUAACAGAGAAAGAAAAGUUUGACAGUGAAUCAUUUAACACUGUAUAAACUGCAGAUGAAUUAUUGUUAAAUUCCUCCUUCCUUUUCUGAUUCUCUCAUUUUCUGUAGUCUCUUUCUCUUCCCUGACCUUAAAUUGAGGGUUAGAUUGAGGAUAGUGACGGGCUAAUGAGCCCCUUUUUCCUGCAAUUACACCCCUCUCUCCUAUUCCCUCUGUCUCUCGCUGUUUCCAUCUCAAGUUCUCUGUUUUAGCAUUGUCUGUUCAUUUUUUUCUUUCAGGCAAAUUAUUCAGUUUCCUUAAUCUCUUCUGUCUCAUGUUUCUCCUUUCCCCAGUUUCCCUUUUUUCCUGUCACCUUCUUAGAAAGUAGUGGUAAAUCAAGAUGGCACUCCAUCUUUUAAGGUGACAUGAUGGUCAAUUAAAGAAAUCUGGUCCUAAUUUGUAGUUGAUUGCUAUCUGAGAUUUUGGAUGGAAACUCAGCUUGUUAAUAAAGAAAAAAUGCAGAACCUUGCUUCCUUCUCUUUGCUCCCUCCUUUGUUUUCAUUUGAUUAGACUUUUUAUUUUGGCUUACUCUUCGCGUUGGCUUCAUGUCGUUUUGUUUUUUCUUCAUUGCUCUCUGAAUUACACUUACUCAAAAUCAAGAGUACAUUUUUAGUUUAUGUAGUGAAGAUUGGAAAGUAUAUUUUACCUUACCAUAUUAUUCACGUGGUACUCUUGGUUGUUGGCAUAUUGGCAACACAUCUUGGUAUACAGGCUCAUUUUUUCUUUCCACACUCUCUUUCACUUAGUGGGUCUAAUUUGUCUCUUAAACACAGAGAAACUUUUGUAUAUGUGUAUUAACAUGUUUAACUGGAGGUGUACAUGGAAAAAAUGACAUGAUUUCUUUUCCUUUCAUGGUGCCUGGUUGCUGUUUGUGUUUAGCUUGAUUGCUAACCCGCUGUGUCUUCCUCCCCACUGUGCGCUGGCCAUGAACUGGAGCAGAGUUUUCAAGGGUUUCGUGGCCCUUCCUGCUUUUUAAUUCUAUGACAUAAUGUGUCUAUACAGAGUAAAAACCACUGCUCUUUACUAGUCUAACAUCCUUGGAACAAUUAGAGCCUCGAAGGCUAUGGAUGUGAGUUUAAAACAGUUCAUACAUGUUAAGCAUGCAUAUGUUGAUGUUGGUGCAAGAUCACGGUUAUUUUUAAUUUAUUUAAUGAUUAAAGUAUUUGACAGCAUGUCACCGUCGAGGCUUGCCUUUAGCUGUAUUGUCACCAUGCGUUUGAAUAACAGUGGUGUGGCUUAGUAAGUUAGAUUAAAGCUCUGGUGCCCAGCAAUCACCCAACCUGUUAAAAUGGCCUUGAACAAGACACUGAAUACCCAGCAGCUCCAGAGGUGUUACUCUGUAACCAACCCCAAUCUUUGACCCCUCUGAGCACUGCAACAGGAGUAAAGAAUUUUUACAGGAGUUCAGUGGAGUAUCACAUUAUUAGUAAACCCUAGCAUAGAGCCAUGAUCUUUGGUUCGUGAAUACCUUGCACAGGUGAUAAUGGGAAGCUACCUCCUGGCCUAGCAGCAGUUGCUUCACAUCUUUUCUCCGUGCCUUGUGCCAAGUAAAAGUCACUUUGAAUGCUAAAUCCUUGCAUAGUGUGCAGUGCUAACAAGUCCCAAUCUAGGCUGAUCCCUAUUAAUACAAUGGGUCAUGAUCAGACUAAAAACUGUAGCAUUCAGCUGCCCUCCAUGUGGCCUGUUGUUAUGGCAGGGUCAGUUCAAUGACAGCCCAAGAGAUUUUAACACAAGGAGAAAAAUAUGCAAGUUGCUGAGUUCUGACUGUAUGUAACACAUAUGUGGCUGUUUUUGAUUAAAAGUUGUUGUUGUAAUUGUGGGGCUUAAAAUGCCAGGUGGCGGAUGUGUCCCACUAAUCCCCUAUCUAAUUUCGAGGUCCAGGGGUGAAGCUCUUAAUCCGAAACACACACAUACGCACGUUCAUGGUCUUGCAAACACACAGACACACAUGUACCUAUUCACAGUCACUCCGACACACACACACAUUCACCCACAAACACACAUAUGGACAUGCACGUGUCCCUGGUCCUCUCUGUUAACUGCGUUCAUGCAAAGUUUUAAAACUUUCAGAAACCCCCGACUUACUUAGUAAUGCUUUAAUAUAUGCGCACACCUGCAGACACUCAUAAAACAUUGUUAACUUCAUAAAUUUAUGCGCUUGUGCUUUGCCUUCAUUCCUCCAUAAAUACAUACACAAGUGUAUAAUAUAUUAAUGGAAGUUGGUUGGCCUUUCUGUCUAUUUUGCUUCCUCUUAGCCUUUCACUGACGUGAUUACUUUUUAUGACAAAGGUUGUUGCUACACAUCAGGCCAUAUUAAGGUACACUUGAGACUGAAGAAAGUGUCAGAGAUACAGGGAGAUAAGGUAGUUGGCUGCCUGCUCCACCCUUUUACCUCAGUUCACCCCUGCUCCUCUCCACUCUGCUGUAUGUAGGUCAGCCACACAGCACACACGCCACGCUCAGUGGAUAGCUACAGUGUAACAUGGGGAAUGUCUGCAAUGAUUAGCCUUUCACAGCUUCUGUUGGAUUUUAACUUGCGCUAAAGUUUAAACAAUAAAAACGUGGUGCUUCACUGAACUUUUGUUUAUCUUUGAUUUUUGUAUCAGUUUAACUUUAUAAUAGCUUUCUUCAGGAUUAGUGUUUAUCUGUUAGUCUUUUACUGUCUGGCGUUAUUUAAAUUUGCAGCCUUAAAAUAAGUUUUACUUUUAACUACUAGGUGACUUUGUGCCUCUAUAGCCUGUUGAUAGUGGUAUUUCUUUACUGUAAAUGGCUCAGCAUACUUCCAUUUCUUCUUUGUCUUUGUCUCAUCCUGUUACCUUAUGGUGGCAGGUGUGGUGGCCAUGUGUUUUAAGUAUGUCUAGUAGUUUACAGCCCAAGCUAAGAGGGAGAGGAAGGAGGGAGGCAUGCAGAGAGGGAGGAGGAACCGCCUUGCCCCGGGCGUAGGGUCAUCUCAGGUGAAAUGUCUCUGGGCACGUGGGCAUGUCUAAAAGAAAAGAGGGAGGAGUCAGAGGAGGAGUUUGUUGAGACAUGCGAUAGGCACAAAAAAAAGUUUGUGAUAGGAAAGGAGAUCAGAAGAACAGCCAGUCUCAUGAAAGGAUAGCACAGAUACAGUUUUCUAAUCAGUUCGGGGUUUUUUUUGUUAUACAUACGAAGAGCCUAGAUGUAGAAUUUAAUGGCUUGGAAUUAAGGGGAGGGAAGGAUAUGGAGGGAGUAACUCCUGUCCAGACUGCUGUACUGUGAAUGCAGAGGGAGUUCCUAAUAAAGGAAAAAUAUGCAUCUGAGUGAUACAUUAAGUGACCAGGACAGUGUUGUGACUUUUUCAUGAUAGCAACAAGAUGUGUGUUCAGACUGGGAGUACUGAGAAAGGUGCCUCGUCAGGGGACCUCUGUCAGUAAUGUUGUGGAGAAAGUUUUCGAAACUCAAGGAGGGAAAAUAAAAUGAGGGUUUUGGGGGGGUGGGGGUGACGCAUGAUUUCCCAAGCUCAGAUAUGAAAAGAGGGCGGAGUGGUAGAGAGAGAGAGGGCGGAAAGGACAAAAACAGAGAGAAUUGGGGAGGUGGCAAGAGGAAGAGAGAGGCUGCAAAGAGAGGGGGAAUGUGAGAGAGAGAGAGAGAGAGAGAGAGCAAGCUUCUCUGCAGGGCGGGUUUCCUGAGGUCACAGUACUGAAUAUCACAGAGGAAUGUGGAAUGCUGAAUCGCUGCCAAGGCAAACACACCGGCCGCACCACCGCUGCCCCCAAUGGCUGUCAAGGGUCGUUUUAUAUACGCACAAAGGGAGGCAAACACAAAGUCAUAUAUGUGCGUGAGCAUAUAUAGAGUACAAUCACACAGAAUGCCUAGCUCACACACAUGCCUGCACUUGUAGAAAGAUUCGUGCUGUCAGCACCUGCAGAAGACGUCACCUCUAGAGCCGACAGCGGGGCUGAUGUGAUCCCAUCGCAAGAUGGUCUCUAGUUUGUAGCAGUUGCUGACAGCGCAGAACAGUAAUCAGCCACAAAGUUUAUACCACAGUUCUCCGCAGCCGUCAUUAGAAGGGAUGUUCUUGUUUUCAAAUGAGCAGUAUGUAGAAUUGUUUUCAUUAGUUUAUGUGUGUAGAAGGACCAUUAAAAUGGACCGUGACAGAAUAGCUGAAAUGCAAGGAGCUGUAAGUUAUUGCAGCUGUGACACAAACUUGCACGAGCGCGCACACACACACACACACACACACACAGAGGAAAUACACACGUAUAGACAUGUGCGUCUACAGUUACGCACAAAGUGAAUGACUCAUUUACUGCAGGUUGGAAAAACAUGUUAAAACACACUCACACAUACACUGAUCCAGUGACUCAUACGCCAUGCAUACACAUGCUAAGCCAGUGUUUGAUGUUUUGUCAAGGAUUUAGGUUAUAUCCGCCAGAGGCUAAAAAUAAAUGCAUGAAAGAUGUAGAGGCUAGAUCACCUUUGAAGACUUCAUUUCAUGCACAAAUGAUGAAAAAGCAGAGAGAUAAAGUUCUCAUCCAAGGGACAAGAAACUCUGUACUCCGCGUUCAUUCAUACCAAAGUCAAAUGAAAAUCGUUUUAAACAUUCUCAUUGGAUUGAGUGAAGGACAGUGAAAUACAAAUUCAUAUAGGUUCAACGGGAUGGAGGAUGGGAUGCACCUCAGAACAGUAUGCAGUCAUGCAUGGAUGUGUGAGUGUGACCAUUUUAGUGUGUGAGCAUAUAAGGAUUUACUUGCCCCAGCUCACAGGUCCCAAUAAAAGUUAACAAGACAAAUUGCUAGGUCUCUGUCUGUGGUUGUUUUUCUAGCUGUUGCGCAUUUAGUAAUCCCACCCUUUUUCCUUGUGUGCGUGAGCAUGUUUAACUGUGUCUUUUUUUUCCCUUCCACCUCCUCUACCCUCCCUCUGUCUCGGAGCAUGCCAGGGUCAGAGGUCAUAACAACUGAGCCACUCCAUCGUUCUUUGAUGUGGUGCACCACACAGAUGCGUGCACACACAUGCACUCGUGCACACACGCAUGCAGACACACCAAGGUCAAGUCAAGACAAACAGCCCUCACACUGAGGGCCUUGUGCCUCAGUUUGCUCUCUCAAAGCGCUGACAGCCAAAAAAGAAAAAACAAGGCCAAGGCUUUGAUGUGCUCCCAUGUUUGCCACAUGCACAUUAGCAGGUUUUGACAACACCCCCUUAGACCUGGGAAAGGGGCACAUCUGUGUGCUUCGGAGCUGCAAUGUAUGAGCAUGAAGAAUUGAUGUACUUUGUGUCCACAAAGACAAAAAAACUAUAGUUUAUAUUGAGAUGAGAAAUGCUCAGAUGGAUGUGGUUGCAGGCAUGUGGUGAAAACCCAGAGUCUGAAUAUUAUCCCUGUAAGAUCAAGUGCAACAUUAUCCAGACCUUUCCGUUUUUGGUUGGAGGCUUGGAAGCAGGUUGCAGGAACAGGUAAAAUGUUUUGAACCUAAACCAAAAAUCUCUUGGACCAACUGAGUGCGAUGCUUUAUGCUACUAUUGCAAGCCCAUUAUUUUGCUCAUAAUGUAGACAGACUAUGUGACAUGUCACUAGAGGUCUUCAUCCAGACUAUUAUUCAAUGCUCUUUUUUUUUUUCAUAAUCUAAUUUAUAAAUUGGCAACUUUAUGCCCUACAGGGACCUUUCCCAACCAGUGUUUGUGUUUUCUGUUUAAAGAUCAUCAGUCAGUGUCUAAAAGUAGGCCGGUUCUAGCGUUUGUUCACACCACAGGAGUUUAAAUGAGCUCAUUUAAUUUGCGCAAGUGUUUGUAUGCGCCCAUAUGUAUUUAUUUAUGCGGUUGCUCACACAUGUACAGCCAGAAUGCAUGUGUGUGUUUUUCAUUCUGUCCACACCCUGUCAUCUCCCUUCAUCCCUCUGUUCUUUCCCUCCCUCGCUCUUAGCUGUGCAGUUGGGAGAGGCAGGCCCGAAGUCAAAAGUGCAAGUGUGCCGCUUGGCUGAUGAGUCACAGAGAGGCAGCUUUCCCCCACUGUUUGUAAAUAUGUGGUUACCCUAAUUGAACGCAGCUCCAGUUCCUAACAACUUUCAUUUCUUCUUCUUUUUCUGAGUGUGUGUGUGUGUGUGUGUGUGUGUGACCACAGCUGGAGGAGCAGGAAUCACAUGACUGUGACAGUCGCAGUGGGAAAAAAAAUUGCACAUACAUACAGUCACAUAUAACAAAGAUGGAGAGAUCCACUCACGCGCACACCUGGGGUCCAAUUUUUACUGGGCGAGAAAGGGUUGUAACAAAUCUUUCUACGUCUCUGCUUUUCCUUCUUUCUCACACACGUGCACGCACAGAGCAACUUUAACAUCUCUCCAUAAUUACAGGCUCUAAGUUCCCAGUCUGGAGGCUGUGGUUUGGCUGCCCCUCCUCUCCCUCCAUUAAGACACUAAACAGCGUGUGUCACUCAGCACUUGGACAACUCCUCCCCAGAGGUGGCAGCAGGGGGCCAAUAAAUGUACACUCUAAUACACACAUAAGCACACACACAAUCACACUUUAUGUCUCUCACUAACACACACACACACACACACACACACACACACACACACACACACACACACACACACACACAGCAGGUGUUAGUGAGGGGCCAGUAAAUGUUUUCCCUGAGGGCUUUGUCUGGGUGGCACUGUCAGUGCUACUGCCAACUACCAAAGCUCAUCUCUGUCCAUUUUAAGAUAAGAUGAGAUAAGAUAAGGUAAGGUAGGGCAAUUUAUUGUCUCUCAUACGAGGAAAUCAUUCUGGAAAAGAACAAAAACCAAUAAACAUCACAACAGAAAACCUAAAUGGGCAGAUGUUUUUGCAAAUUUGCUAACAUAAAUUUUACUAAUUGCAGGAAAGCUUUGUAGAAUUAACAAAGCCAGCCUCAUGUUAACUAAAUUGCAGACUACCCCAAGGUGUGAUAUUACCCUGUUAUGAGACAGAAUUGCCAAAGUAUUGCACUUUGCUAUUGCUAUCCUCAAACUAACAUUGAAAUAGGAACUCCUCUAAUCUCCUUGGCUAACUGGGUGAGGGAAUUAGAUUUUGCUAGUCACCAGCGUAUCAGCCUGAAUCUAGCAUAUCAGCUCCAAUCUGAUGCUCAGCCACAACAACAUGCUGGUUUUGUGGGAGUGAAGCGAAGCAAUGGGAAAAACAAGCAAUCCCUUUUCAUUUAAAACAUCGCUAUCACAGCACGCAGCUUGAUAAACCUUGACCCUGGUGUUAAUCCUGCCCAUCGUGCUGAUUGCCUAAUUAUUGGUCAUCCUGAAGUUGUAUAUUGGACCACUAGAUUGUUAGGCAAUAAAUUGCCAGAGUCCCAGAGGAACAAGAUUCAAGCAUCUAGGCAAAGAAAAUCUUGCUGUGUACUCCUAAUUUUGUAAAACAUCCUAAUAUGUCUUUCUGUUAAACUUACUUUUGCUGAUACGCAUUAUCAAGUCUCUUAUCUCUUAUUUUGGCCUCCUGACUUAACUGCAACUUCCUGUGAUAUCUGUGCAGACUCAGAAUUGGGCUUUACUAAAAUUGUCUCUGCCAACCCUUAUCAUUGCAGCAUAGACUUAGAAAUGUCAUAUUUAGGUCCUUAAAUAGUUUUAAUAGAACUAAUUAGAUUAUGUCCUCCUUCUUAAGCCCAGGAGCACCUGGUACAGAAUUAGACUUUAUUUUAACCUAUUUUUUCUUAUGUAGCAGUUUUUUUCCUACAGUCCUACCUUGACUUAACUUACUGAUCCAUGAGCCUUUUAGUAAACAAACAUGAGAAAAUGUUCCCCGGAUUUAAGCCUAUUGACUUCAUCCUGUGCAAUUCUAGAAGGCGGUCUGAUACAAAAUCCUUUUUAAUUUAUCUUACAGCACCUUGAUCUGUAAAGUUUGGCUUUAAAGAACCUUCACAGACAAAGUUUGGCUUUGUUGGCGGCUGGGUGCAUAUGAAGAUUUAGUAACUUUACCUGUUCUAACUGAACUCUGAAAUCAUCACCUUGUUUGGUCAGUUAUCAUCAUCACUAGAGAAAGAUUUUGUUGAUUUGAAUUUGUUGCUGAGUUUUUAAAAUAAGAAUCAGCUUGUUAAGAUCAGUUUAAUGACAUUAAUUAAUGAAGUUUAAAAAUAAAACGAUCUCAGAAUUGCCUCUGUGGGAAAUGAUGAACCAGUUGUAAACAUUAGGGUAGCGAUACAAACUAUAUAUAGGUUCAGAUAUACAUUUUUAGCUGUAGCAUUCUCACUUCCUGCUCCCUUGUUACACCAUUGCAUUGGCUCUUGGUGUUUAUUCUGUCACCUGCAGCUCCAUUUGUGCCACAUUUUACACUGCAGUUCAUCUGUACCUAAUUUGAAUUUGAUUUGAUUUACCUAUGAUGACUUGUGCUUGACCUUCCACUUAGGGUCAUGGCACAGUCAGUUGACUGUGGAGGAGUCUUUUUUCCAGGAGUUUUUUGACCCUGCACGGACCCUGCACGCACUAACCAGUCUGUAUGUGGUGGAGACAUAUUGGUGUUAGGAUUUCUGGCCUAGUCUAGUGUUGUUAAUGACCGAUUAAUCGACUGGUGACAGUAUAUCUCAGUGCCAAAGCAGCUUAGCCUCUCUGAGCACAGCCAGAACACCCUGUGAUUGUGUGUUGCACAUGUGGGGACAUUUGUGUAGCGACACCACACUGCUAUAGCACAUUUGCCUAUCCCAAAGUACACGACAGAAUGAACUGUACCAGCUGUAUGUCACUAAUAAUUCCUCUGCAUUUGUAAGGUAAGCACCGUGAUUACCACUGUGCAAUACGAUUAGCGGUGUAUGAUCAAAAAGCAACAUGGGCAAAAGAGUUAGUGACUAAAGGAAACACAUGCAGCUGUGCAGACCCGACUCAUGCACACACUGGUCGGACGUUAAACACAGUUUAAAUCCACUCGAGGAUUACAAAUCCACUUAUAGCGGGUCAACUUGACGAUGUCAGCUGCUGAUCCCACACAGAUCCUGCGGCCCUUUCACAUCGCUUCAUGUUGCAAAUUUGAAAGAAAAAAAUAUGAACACGGUGAAUUCCCCAGUGGGUAGUUGCAAUGCAUGUGUGCACGAGGGAAAAAUGCAUGCACAUAGUCACUGCAGGGCAUUACGGCCACGCUGUUUUCUGUGUGUAGUCCAGAUGCUGAGACCUUGCACUCUGUGGAGACUGAGAACCGCUGCGUGUUUUACAAGAAGACCAAAUAAGAGAGUGUAGCAGCAAGGAGUGAAGAGCAGAGCUUUUGCAUCUGUUUUUGUAUUAGCAUGGUCCAGUGAAGGAGUACAUCGUCUGAAUGAGUAAUGACACAUAUGAUAUUGACUUUAAUCACAUCUGUUUAUGUGAUUUCAUCUCCCUCCAUUCCCAUUGGACCUCCCCUAGUUCUUGGAUUGGGCUGCUGCCUGGUCUGCCAAAAAUAAUCGCUUGUUUGCUGCUAUUUACUUAAAUCUGUCAAAGAGGCACUGUUGGAGCUCAUGCUGUUAUGGUUCUCUCUUUUGCACUGUGUGUAUCUGCAUUUGUGUAUGCAUAUCUUUAAAAGGAUGUGCCAAUGUCUAAAGUCCUAUACUGUUUUGUCAGUUGUGUGUGAGAGUCAAACGUAUCCAGGGAUCCCAAGCCAGUGGAUACACACACACACACACACACUCUCUCUUUCGCAUACACACAUGCAACUAGAGCCAGCUAGCUAAAGAGUGUGAUACGCCUCAAGAUCUAUGUGAGUAGAAACCUGGCAGACACACUGGGUUCAUCUCACCAUCUCUCAGUGUGAGACUAGAGGUCUGUGAAAAAAAAAACCAU